UUGCUACGGGCGACUGACAACAGACGGCAACAGCGGAACAGCUAAAAGCUGGAGUUGACACUAUCUUAGUGGAAAUAAGUAUUACUUUAACCCCCCCCAGAAAGGCUGUCUUAAUCAGAAUAAGAUGUCUAGCACUAACACAGCUCUGCCUGACACAGGCUGGGAUGAGCACUUUGCUAUCCCCGAGCCCAACGCUGAAAACAAGGCUCUGCUGGAGGAGAUUCGCAGAAAAGAGAUGGAGCUGCUGGAGCUGGAGCACAUGCUUGAGAGAAAUAAAGAUCACAAGAAGAUAAUGACUGAAUACUUAAAGAAUGCCAAACAAGAGCUGGAUAACACUGAGGCUCUAUGCAAGGCAAAGGAAAGAGAGGAAGAGUUUGAGAAACACUUGACAGCUCUCUCAGAUAGAGAGAACGGUCGCCAGGCUCAGGAGGCUGCUGAGAUGGAGAAAGAGCUCAAGUCUUUAGCAGAGAGGAAAGACAUGAUAGAGAACCACAUCUUCAAGGGCAAACAGAAGCUGGAUGAGUUUAUGGAGCAGAUGAACUGGGACAAGCAGACCAUGGAUGCCUUUUUAGAGGAGUCGGCGCGUAAAGAUGAGGACACAAUGGCCAUCAUCAAGUAUGCUCAGCAGGACGAGCAGAAGAUCAAGUCACUCACUCUGGCUAUAGAGAAGAAGACACUGGAAGCCAAAGAAAAGCAAAGAGCACUGGUCAAAGAGUCGACUGAGACUUUAUCUGCUCAGAUCGCGUUGGAUAAGACUACAGAGAAUCUGCAGCAGGCACACCUGGAGGCCCAGCAACUCAUCCACCAGUGGGAAAACACUAUCAAGCAGAUGAUGCAACGGGAUGAAGACAUGCAGCAGUGUGCUCUGCAAGUUGCCCAGUUGAACCAGGCUAUGAGGGAAAGGAAUGCCACGGUAACAGAGAGGAAGAACUUGCUAGAUACUCAGAGGAGCAACAACAAGGAAACUGAGAGGAAGAUAACCCUCACCAACCGACAGGGAGCAAAACUGAGACAGGAUCUGAAGGAGCAGGAGAGUAACUGCAGCAGGCUGCAGGAUGAGCUGAAUACCUGCAAAAACACACUGGACAGAACAACCUCUGACGUGGAGUCCCUGACAUCCCAGAUAUCCAGAAUGAAGAAAGACAUCCAGGAUAAAAAUGACAAACUCAGGCAGGCUAGGGCAUACAACGCUGCACUGGACGAGAAGCUGAAGGUGGUGACUCAGACAGCCCUUAGUGAGGAGGAGAGAGCUGCACAGAUGGAUCAGUUUCUUAAGGAUGAGGAACAGGCCAUCAAGGACUUGGAUGUCCAGCUGCGUGACUGCAGGGAGGAGCUGUUGCAUCAAAAGGAGCGUUUGCAGGCCGUUAAGACAAAGGAGAAGGAUUUUAUCUCGCAGGUUUCAAAGAGUAAAUCCACCAUUAACAGCCUGGAGAGUCAGCUCAGAAAACUGGAACAGGACCUGAUUAGACACCAGAUGACCAUAAGUGACCAGAAUUGCAAGAUGAUCUUCCUAAAAACAAAACUGGCAAAGCUGAAAGGUGACGUUAACCAAGAAGAAAAGAAAAUGCUCGACAGGAAGCUCGCUGAGCUGACCGAAGAACUCGAAGAGAAAAAGAAGAAAGCCAAAGUGCUUACCGACACUCUCAAGGAGGCUGAGGAUGAUAUUCGCAGUUUGAGGAAAGAGAUUGAGAAGUCUGAAGCUCAGAAGAGAGAUCUGAGCAGUAAGGUGGAGGAGCUCCUGCUAAUCCGUAACACCAGUGAGAAGGAGCUGAAGACUCUCAGACUGCAGAAGCAGGAAAACAAAGUGGAGCACCAAAUGUUAAAGAUACAGGUCAAACGUGUGAGGGAUCUUCUGUACAGCAAGGCUGACAACGUGCUGUCGCUGGAGAAGAGACUGCUGCAGCUACAAACAACCAUGAAGGAGAGGGAGGAUGAGAUUAAGGUCUACAAAGAAAUGCUCAGCCAGCAGCUCAAGAUCAGUGAGCAGGAGAGGCAGAAACUCAGUGCUGAACUCAGUGAGAAACUAUCCAAGAUUGACACGAUGAAGAAAUGUUUCGAGAUUGUGAGCCUUUCCAUGGCACCUCCUGAGGAAGAAGAGGCGAAAUCGCAGGCUUACUACAUCACAAAGGCUGCACAAGAGAAAGAGGAGCUUAGGAGGAAAGGCGAUGAGCUGGAUGCUACAAUCCACAAAGUGGAGCUGGAAAACAGAGCUCUGGAAAACACCAUCCAGCUGUUCAACAACAGUAACUCUGCAUUUCGCCAGUCUUUGAACAAAGUGAAUGAAUCCAGUCCAAUGUACCAGGAUAAAGUGAAACUGGAAGGGCAGCUGAAUGUGGGUCAAGAGACGCUGAACUAUAAGAAAAGGCAGAUCCAAGAGCUUCAACAGGAUAUGCAGGACCUGAACAGUGUGUUGGAAAGUCUGCCACAAGAAGAGCAAAUGGAGAGAGAUAAGAUAGAGAACAAACAUGCCCUCGUCAGCAAAAUGAACGAAGAAGUUACUUCCCAGCAGGAGAAAAUUGACAGAGCCUCAAAGCAGUUCUCUAAGCUGACCAAAGAAGUCCGCUCAGCAAAGGGCACCAAAGGCGAGACUUUCGAAGAGAAAGACAUUAAGCUGAGGGAGUUGAAGGAAUUCAUCAAGAAUGUGGACAGGAUGCUGAAUGAGGUCUGGGAGGGCAAUCCUGACCUCAGAUCAGUGAUGGAGAAGUAUUUCCUGCAGGCCAGUCUGUCUCUUCCCUCUCCUUCUCCCACUCCUGCCAGCCAGCGGAGCUCCAAGACAAGUUCCCCCCGCUGCUCCACCUCUCUCAGGUCUCUGGCAUCCUCAGCCAGCGCCAGCCCCCGGACCGCUGCGCCUCACUCCCCGACACUGAAGACGGUGGAACUGAGCCUGGAUCUGACUGCGACCUCCCCUCCUCUCACCACCUCCAGAUGUUCCAGCUCUGCGAGCAGCUCAAGCAGCAGCAGAAAGUCAAAGAAGCUUUAGUGUCUUUCUCCUCUGAUUGCUGCUUUACCAUUGAGAACUACUCAGUUUCAGGAUCAUUUGUUUUUUGUGUCUUUUUUGGUGUGUCGCACUCAUUUCAGAGUAAAUCUUGGAUCUGUUAGAUUUUCAGACUCUGUGAAUCUAGUGUAAUCUGAUUUUUUUCUUUGGAUUCUCCUUUUCUUUGCUUGUUUUGUCUUACAAGUACAUACAUACGCAAAGAGUUCUCAAUAAAAUGUUAUUGACAA